UAUUAUACAAAGAGAAAAUUUAACUUAUGAGAAGAAAAACUGUUAGUAAAACUUUAUUUUUAUUGCAUUUUAUGAGUAAGAAAACGAUAAUCAUUGUAUGAUUAAAUAUAACAUGUUAUCUUUGAUUUUGAUAUUUUGAUUUUUUUCUGAUAUUUUCUGAUUUUUAUUUGCAUUCAUUACUUUAAAAUUGUCAAUGAAGUCACGCGAUUUUAGCCAACAAAUCGCAGCAAAGAGCUUCUGCGCAUGCAUUUCGAUGGUACAUGGUUCUCCAUGCCGUAACGAUCAUCAUGACUCGUCAUUGUAACAGUCCAGUGUAGUUGAGCCAGUUGAGUGUAGUGGUCAUGGUCAGUGGUAGUGGUGUAAUACUUUGCAAGUGCCGUGUUCUUAUAUGUAAUAUUUUUACAUUGAAUUGGAGUAUUUUGCAUAAUAUCAUAUCUCCGUGGAUAAAAAAACCUCAGGAAAUUGUGGAAUAAUAUUGCUAAACAUUGGAAACAAUACGAGAGCAAGCAUUUCAUAUUUUAUUGUUGACAGACCUCGCAUAUUUUAUUUUAUAAGUUCUCUCGAAGAGGUGUAUGGACGACUGUGUAACAAUGGCGUUAAAACCACAAGUAAAUAAGGAACUUGAAGAAAAAUCGAAAUUCAAUAGAUCAAUAGUAUGGCGUAAUGUAAUUAUUUUAUCGUUGCUACAUCUUGGUGCCCUGGCUGGACUUUACCUCUCAUUUACAUCGGUGAAAUAUAUGACUAUUCUUUUCGCAAUUUUUUUAUACGAAUUUAGUCUUUUGGGAAUCUCAGUUGGGGCUCAUCGACUUUGGUCCCAUCGAUCCUACAAAGCCAAGUGGCCUCUCCAAUUGCUGCUAGCAUUCAUGAACACUGUAGCUUUUCAAGUAGGUGUGUUCAAUGAGUUACAUUUCGUCAAUAAUGGCAACGAUUUAAAAAGUUACUUUUAUCGUUACUUUAUUCAGGAUUCCGUGAUUGUAUGGGCCAAGGACCAUAGGGUACACCAUAAAUUUAGUGAUACUGACGCCGACCCACAUAACCCCAACGUCGGAUUUUUUUUUUCCCAUAUAGGCUGGCUGCUUUGCAAAAAACAUCCCGACGUCACAAAAAAAGAUAAAACCAUUGAUAUUUCUGAUCUGGAGAGCAAUGCAAUACUAGCUUUUCAAAAAAAAUAUUAUACGAUAUUGGUGAUAUUGCUCUGCUUUGUUUUGCCAACCGUUAUCCCGGUCGUAUUUUGGGAAGAAAAAUGGCUAAACGCCUACUUAAUCCCCGGCGUUCUUCGUCAUAUUUUGCUACUAAAUGUAGCUUUAAUGAUUAACUCAAUAGGCCACAGAUAUGGUUAUAAACCAUAUGACAAGUAAGUAUCAAUCAAUUCAUAGUCUUAUAUAGCCGAAUAUACUUUUAAAUCAAAUUUUGUACGUAAUCAGUAUUUAAUU